AUGUCCAAAACUCUCGAGCAGGAAGCAUUGCUCCAAGCCGUUCUCAAUCACCUAGUUCUUCCUUCGAAACUCCCGAGUACGAACGACGCGGAUAAUGUCGAGCUGGCCUAUGAUCUGGGAAGUCGACUUCAGCGUGCCUUGGCCAAAUUUGGUAACGAUCAAGACCAGGAUGUUUGGGACGUCCUAGUCAGCUCUAUGGAAGCUACAACAAUCCUUAAUAGGUAUCAACUGAUCAGCCAGGAGCUACUGGAAGCGUUUCAAAGCAUCGCUACCGAUAAGAAUAACAUCUGGCUUACUCUUUUCGUCGCUGAGCAGAAUUCAGCCUUACUAGUCCAUCGGAACGAGAUUGAUGAAACGGUCGUUUUCGAAGCAUUCCAGACCGCUGCACCAGUUAAGGAUGUUCUCGCCGCAAAGCAUAGCCUCAUGUGGGAAUUUCCUCAUCGUUCAGUCCAAGUCCCGUUGGACGUUUUCGAACACAUGUCAUUCCAAAGAAAUCUUUCUCAGCUUUUGGGACAGGCAAGCUGUGAAUCAUUCGAUCAGUUCGCGGCGAGGGCUUCCAAGGGUGGUCAAUCAGUUCCCGAGACCCGCGACUCCGCAGAUCCAGCCCUGGUGACUGAGUUGCUCAUGUCACUCUUGGAGGGAUUCGGAAGUGCCUUGGCAGUACAAUCGGUCUGUAAGAGAGUUCGGGAUGACGUUGUCUUGGGAUCAUCCGAAAUUCCUUGGCGGCGCUCACCAUACUGGCUGGUACUCCGCGUGGCUUUACGACGCAUGCUACGGGAGUUACUUGACCACGAAUGCGCUGGUAGGGGAAGAGUCUAUUACAAAUUCAUUAUUUGUACCAUGUUGGCCGAUCUUCUUGAAGACUCUGUUAAACAUCUACCCCCUGAGAUGACGCUGCAACUUCGAUCAAAGCUCUGCCGCCGUAUGGCAAAGCUCAAGGCGGAUAGCGCAGCCUCUUCAUCAUCUUUGCGCCCGGUCUAUGAUGAUCUUUUCGCGUCCACUUCUGGAGGUUUUGAAGAAACUGUGAAGUAUGCAAUGGACCAAGUUUCUUCACAGUGGGAUGGGUUCAAGGCCAGAGUUGUUCGCCGCAUUCCAACUCUUCCGGGCCGAGUUUCAGACGCUGAUCUAUACAUGAGGCUGGAUAACAGUGGAGUCUUCUUAACCUCUCAGCUUUCACAAAGGCCUUGUUUUCAAUCUCGUGGGAUCUCUACAGAGUUGCCUCACUUACAAGAGGGAACAAUUCUUGAAGUUGGCCGCCUGGCCGAUCGCUAUAUUUCCCUUCAGAAUAAUGAAAACGAGACAGCUGCGAUUACUACCACCAUGUCACAGCAACCUCAUGAUCUAUGUAUCUCACUGGCCACAGGCAUCCUCGACCUGCUCACAAAUAUGGGAGAUGCUUUCAAAAGCAGCCCUAUUCUGAUGAGUCGACACCUUCUGAAACUAUUUGAACUUUGGAUAAGCUUGGACGAAGCGGCAAUCUCUAUAUGCCCACUGCUCAAAGACUACCAUCCUUUAUUCAUCCCUGAUGCAUUGGAUGUGCUUUGCUUGAUGACUAGGGAUGAGAUGGUGCGGCUGUUUCGAGUACAGCAGUACAUUCGUAAGCGGGUGGUUUCACACAAGAAAGACCGGGGUACAAUCUUUGACAACCCUAGAAAAGAGUCGACUUUCCCUGCCCAAUUCGUCUCGUCCACAGCGGCUGGUAGUGAGAUGUUGACAACCGCUACAUCGAUUGAUCAAGCUUCAUUGAGAGCCCGAGAAUCAACCCUAUCCGAACUAAACAGGCUGACAAAGACGUACGACAGCUUGACACAGUCUCUUGACGCCCUUUCAUGCACAUGUACUAUAUCUCCCGAGGGCAGAAAGAUUUCCAAUGGCUGCCGAAGAUGUCGGCAGUAUUGGCGCCGAAAGAAGCUCAAGAUCAGCGCCCAUGAAGACUUUCUCCCAUCAGCGAAUAACAAACAGCGUAAUUCCCAACGAGCAGCUAUUCUUCUCGAGCUACGUAUUCCUAGCUACAUAAAUGCCUAUCGUACAGCAACUUGGAGCUUAUAUCUUUUGGGUACUACAAUGCAUUCAGGCACUCAAGCUGUUCCGAAGUUACUCCUCAACGAUCUCACCAAUCUCAAGGAAUUCUCUCAAGAGACGAAAGGGACAUUGACGCUUGCUUCGCGUAAAAAGUCGUUUCGGCAGACUCACUUUGGCAAGUUGAAAUUGCCGAAAGCGCCUGGCCAGGUCACUUUUACUUUUGGGGCCGAAAUGUCAUACUACGACACUGCGUCUGGUCUUUGGCCUGACGAACUCCCCAAAGUCCCUUGGUAUCAGCACCUUAUGGGUCCCUGGCUACCCCAGGGCAUCUCGGAUCCAUAUGAAACUCCAAGAGGAGUCCUGGACAUGCAUCUGCAUCGUCCCUCUUCCUAUGAGAUAGCAGCGAGCGAAUCCAUGUCUCCUCCAUCUAUAUCUGGUAACGAUUUCUGCGCUUUCCAGCGAGCGGUUUCUGCACGAGGUCGACGCUGGCUCGAGAUUCUGAAGGAAAUGGCGGCGUCCAAUCUGAACUUUAGUAGUCAAGCUGCAAAUUCUUUCUUCCAUCGCCUUGCUACCCAAGCAGGCCCAACUGCACUGGAUGAGAGAAUACUACGCGAAGCUCACUGGGUGUUCAUUGAUGAACUAUUCUGUGAUCGAUUGAAGGAGCGGCUUGAUUCUUGGAUUGAUACAAUGGACCAGAAUUGGAGACAGGUUGAUCGGAUGGGUACCGUGGUGAUAUUUACCCUUCGGCUGUAUCACCUUUGUCCGCAGUCAUUUGCAACACAGGCUCAUGAACUGCUACUGAGAGUCCGUUCCGUUACUUCAAACUGGAUCCUACAAUUGCAGCAUGAGGUCAGAUCAACACCUGACGGUAACAUGGUCAGUCAGACUGCCACAUUUGCUUUCUGGACAGCAUUGCUUUGUCGCCAAACGUUCUGGGGUUGUUUAGGCCGUGAUGACUUUGAAGCAACUGUGCUCAAGGACGACCCAUUACCUUUCUUCCGAUCAUCAAUCGCGCUUCAGGAAAACCUGCUUGAUAGUCUGGAUAGACUACCUCCUCAUUUGCAAAGUCUUCUUGCCCAGGACAUGUCUGCUUCUUAUCAGAUGAGGGGUGUUGUUGAGAGGUGGGUGAAGAACGACUUCGGCCUGGUAGAGAGGGCAAUUGACGGGACAUGGGCCAAUAGCAGUGCUCUCUACAAGAGAUCUUACUCUCCUUGGACGAAACUCAAGGGUAAGAAUUCUUGGUGGAUUACGUCCGAAACUGCUCGUAAUGGCUCAGUAGCUCCGCAGAGAGUACAUUAUCAUCUGCUUCAAGGCCACCUACUAGUUGAUCAAAAGCCCUUGGGAAGGCUUCCCCUUGAGAUCAGAGAUGAUGAAUCUGUGCGGGAGCUUUUUGAGGGGCGUCACUUACUGACAAGGCCAUCCGGACUCUUGGACUACCAGAUCCUCACCGAAAUGGAAGGACACCAAGUCCAUGUCGGGAUCAGGGACGGCAAAAUAAUUGUCAAAGCCCUAUUGACAGGCUCUGUUCUCCAAUUCGUCCCGCGUUCCAUCUUCAAAGGCCAGAACGACUGGGACUUGCCUGCAGAUCUAGUCGACGAUUGCGUGCACUGGCUUGACUUGACUACCGGAACUCUUGAGAUGCGACGAAAGCCGCGAAUUUGGAGGCGCAAACUAUCAAACUGGGUACUCGACAUGCAAAAACGAAAAGCUACUAGAAACAGAAAUAGACUCACCAGAUCGGGAAAGCAAAGCACAGGAACCAGUCUUGUUGAGCCAAAAUCGGUGAUUGGGAGAAAUAUCUGUGGUAUUUUUCAGGAUUUCGAAGAUACCAAGAGGUUGACGAUUUACCAGCCUCCGACAGGGCCGUUAUCUGUUGAAAUGAAACGCUUAGAGAUCCGUUUCCAAGUAAACCACAGAGGUGUGCUGCUUUGCCCUCAGCUCAGAGCUGAAGUAGACCCUGAGCAAGACAUUGGAACGCUCUACGGGUUGCACAGUCGGGUCACCCUACGCGAUAUCUCGAACCAUAAAAGAAAGAGUCUUCUCGUCCCUAUUGGGAACAUCACGUGGGAGAGAGAGGGAAUCCAUGUUGGUGUCAGAAUUUUCAACGAGGGCGUGUACGCGAAAUACACUCUCAACUCUGUCUUGGGCCGACUGGACUGCCCACCUGAACCGCUUCUUCUUUAUCUCAAGGCAGCAAUGCAUGCUCUUACGUCAUUCCCGCUACCAGAUGACUUGACAGGAAAGACAGGAACCGAGGAAGCUCGCCAUUGCCUACUCUCAGCUCGCAGUCAGCCUUGGACUCCAUUGGCGGGCUUUCCACAGAGGAUACUAUCUGCCAUCAAAUCUUUGUCGCCAACAAGAACACUAUAUCCGCCAGGUAUCAACCUAUAUCAAAAGGUGCAAUGGGAUCAACAUUUGACUUCCACGAUCCAACAUGAAGACUUGGCUCCUCUAGUGGAUCUCAUUGAACGUCGGUCAAGAGAGCUAGAGGUGCUCAGUAUGAAAGAAUCUCAGCCAGACAAUGCGCUAUAUAGCGUGUCUGUGCCUCGUUUACAAACACGGGGCCGCAUCCGGAGGCAGCUUUAUGAGCGUGUAUGGUUCGAUUCUGAUUCUGCGGUUCUUUCCCAAGCAGCACAAACGGAUGCUUUCAUGCCUCACCGAGGCCAAAAGACAUCUAUGAAGAGCCGCCGAGUGUAUCAGACCACCUGUGCGAUGAUGGGACGUGGUGCUAAUGCAUUCUCCCUUCCAAAAAUUGCCCCAAUUUUGGAAGGUUGGAGCACAUUUCAGGGUAUCCAGGGAUCCUCAUCGAACAUCGAUCUAGCAGCCACCCUGGGCGUUGGAACGCCGCAACUUUGGGGGCCUCUCGUCCAGAAGAUCCACGAGAUAGACGCGACAAGAACGUAUAACAAACACUUUUCUCUAGCUUUGCUCGCAUUCAAUGACGAUGUCGACAUGAACGUUAUACUUUGGCUUGUGGCGCUGUUCAAAAGCAAGAUAUUAAGUCGCAUCCAACCACCUCAACAUCCUCUGUUCACAAAUUUCAGGCAUUUUGAGGAACCUUCGAAAGAUACGUUUCUAUCGCUGGCGCUGCCAGAAACAUUCAAUGACGAUUUUGGUGGACUCAUGAUCAAGGAUAGUCCUAGGAAAGGAGAGGCCUUACGAAUCACCUCUCUCAUCAUGGAGAUGUGGCCGAAUCCUCCUCUUACGAGAGAAGGGUUCGACUCAUCAGUCAAACGUUUGGGCAUCAAGAGCUUGAGCCUAAAGAAAACUUGGAACAACUUCUACCCCGAGCUUCAAAGAUUGAAGGUGAACUGGGAACUGUCCUCCUAUCUUCUUCUCCUACAGAGCGCAGCACGUGCAUUGAUAGAAGACCAAUCGGUUACGGAGCAAGAGCUGUAUCAAGACACCUGGACUUCAAAACCAAAGCUGUUGGAAAGCAACAACCCCGAGAAACCUAGAGGAUCUUCUACGGCUCAAGUCUUGAUGAACGACUUGCUGUCGAGGUACGCAACCCACGACAGGCACAACGCGGACAUCCAGUCUUGGUUGGGAGAACAAGGCCACGCUUCCGUUGCGAAUUACAAUGCAAUUACCCAUAACCAAGUCUCAGAUAUACCUGUAACUCAAACACCGGAACAUGAUACCCUCCGGGGGAUUAUAGAGACACUCGCCUCUUCUCCCCUCACAUCGAAGCGAGCUUACGGUGAGGACCUUCUAGUGUCACUUGAUGCUUUGACUCGACCGCAACAGUCACGAAAAGGACCUCAAAGUAGACCACACAUGGCUUCAGUCGAAAGAGAGAUCACUCGUUGCCGCCAGCGCUUGCGACAGGAAGAGGAUGAAAUCAAGAAUUUGGUCUCACAGGGCGACGAGGGCUUCGCGUGGCUUUCAAAGGGCCAGCUUUGGCCUUGCUUCUCGCCAGUUGCAAUUCUUGAACAGUUGAGAGGUGGCAAUAGAUCGCGAAUAUCUCAUGCAUUGAUUAACAGGAUAGUGGAGUAUGGAAUACUUACUACGCGCUUUCAACGUUACCUCCGGAUACGAGACGCAAUUCUUCGUAGAGAUGAUAGGUGGUUGGAGGAAAACUUCGAGCAAGAGGGACACUCCAACUGGAAUCCAUUCACAUACCCAGAAUGGCUUCUGCUAGAAAUCGACGGCAACUUCCUGAUUCGCCCUGUUCAGGUCGAAGUAGCACGUGCUAUUAUUUCACCACCGUCGAUGUCCAACUCUGUUUUACAGAUGAACAUGGGCCAAGGUAAAACUUCAUGCAUUAUGCCCAUGGCUGCAAUCCUACUGUCGGAUAUGACUCAUUUGUGCAGAUUGGUCGUGCCUCGAGCCCUCCUUCUCCAGACAGCACAAGUCAUGCAAGGCCGACUUGGUGGGCUGGUGGAUCGAACAGUCUGUCAUAUACCCUUUGCUCGGCGAUCCCCUGCCGGCGACCAAGCGCUAGACCUUUAUCACAGUCUCCACAAGAGAACUCUCGCAUCAGGAGGCGUCAUGUUAUGCUUACCAGAGCAUAUACUUUCGUUCAAGCUGAGCGGGCUCCAGAAGCUGGCCGACAAGGAAUUAAAGACGGCGCAGAAAAUGAUGAAUAUCCAAGAAUGGUUGGAGUCGUCUAGCAGAGAUGUCCUUGACGAGUCCGAUCUCACUCUUUCGCCAAAAACACAACUGAUAUACCCGAGUGGUGUACCCGCCAUGAUUGAUGGUCAUCCUCAGCGGUGGCAGCUUAUCGAAGACAUGCUAUCGUUGGUUGAGUCCCAUGUACCUCAACUUCAGGCCAAGUUCAAAGAUGGAGUACAGGUAUGGCGACGACACCAGGGCUUUCCUAUUAUUCAUCUCCUGCGCAUUGAGGUCGAAGAGCACCUGAAUGCUCUGCUAGUGGAUGAUGCUUGCCAGGGGCGGCUCUCACAUCUUCAGUUUAAAACUCAUGCUAGUCGCGAUGGUAAAAGAUACGUCAAGUUGGUCCUUUCUACUACUCAACUAUCUGCAUUUGUUUGGGAAAGCGCAAUCGGGUCGCUGACUGAUGAAGCCACCGGUGGAAAGAUCCUUCAUCUUCUUCACGGACUCAUUCCCCAGCGACUAUUGAUUCUCUGCCUAAAGAAGUCAUGGAAUGUUCAGUACGGCCUUCAUCCUGGCAGAGCUCCUAUUGCCGUACCAUUUGAGGCCAAGGGAAUACCUUCACAAACCGCAGAGUAUGGCCACCCAGAUACGGCACUGGUGCUUACAUGUUUAAGCUUUUAUCAUGCCGGUUUGACCAAGUGUCAACUUCUCCAGAGUCUUCAAUUCGUCAGCAACUCUGAAGAUCCCUCCUCACACUAUCAACGCUUGACGUCUUCACAAAACCUACCUGAAGGCUUUCGACAUUGGGACUUGUUGGAGGUGGAUAAUGAGGCUCAGAUGACUAAGCUAUGGCAACACUUGAGGUUCGAGAAGCAUGUGGUCAAUCAUUUCUUGAAUCACUUUGCCUUUCCACAACAUGCCAAGCAGUUUGGACUCAAGGUUCAAGCUUCAGCCUGGGACAUCCCUCUACUAUCUGAGAAUGUCGCACGGCGAGGUCUAACAACAGGCUUUAGCGGGACCAAUGAUAACAAAAAGAUCUUGCCACGUACAAUCCACCAAGACGAUCUCCCCAGUCUCAUACAAACCAAUGCUGAAGUUUUGGUACAUCUGCUGGAACCACGUAACCAAAGGUGUUAUCAAGCUGUUGAUCGAAACGGACGACAUCUGAAUGAGAUUGGACUGCUGGAAUUACUCCGAUACAGGGGGAUCAGGAUAUUGAUAGACGCGGGUGCCCAGAUCCUUGAGAUGGAGAACCAUGAGCUCGCUGCGGCCUGGCUUGAGGUCUACACCGAGGCCCAGGGCGCGGUAUAUUUCGACCGUGACAGCCGUAUCAUGGUACGAGCUCGCUUUCAAAAGUCUCCUGUGCCGCUCCUGGCUAGCCCUUUUGCAGAUAACCUCAGCGAAUGCGUAGUUUACAUUGAUGAAGCACACACGCGUGGGACUGACUUGAAGCUUCCACCAUACGCCCAGGGAGCUGUUACUUUGGGCAUCAGCUCGACCAAAGACCAGAUAGUACAAGCCGCAAUGAGACUGAGACAACUCGCAACAACCCAGUCGGUCUCAUUUAUUGCUCCUCCGGAGGUGUAUACAAGUGUUCUUUCUCUUCGAUCCACCCACAGUCGAAAUGUUGCAGCGCCACGAUAUUUGACAUCUACUGACGUUGUCCACUGGCUUCUGGAGCAGAGCUGUGAAGCGAGUGAUAACAUGAUGUCCUUGCACAUUGCCCAAGGAUUCGACUUUUGCCGACGUACAGAUGCUCUACUGGAGUUCAGAAAGUCUUCGCAGAACAAAAACAAGACAAAUGAGCUCCUACAAAAGGCCCAGCAACCCGAGGGACAAACACUGGAACAGCUGUACGGUCCAAGGCAGCAACCAUCUUCAAUCAGCUCAAAACCUUUCAAUCCAAAGAUUAUACAAGACUUUGCGGAAGACCUUGCUGGACUAGAGGCAGACUUAGUUAAGCAUCGGAGGCGAGCUUAUACCUCGGCUUUCGAUGAGGUGGAGCAGCAAAGAGAAGUUGAAUUUGAGGUCCACCAGCUUCGUGAGAAGCAAAAUCCUGCACGGUUCACAGCACUCGAAUUUCCGGGUCUCGACAAUGCCCUUGUUCAAUUUUGCGAGAAGCCUGAAGUAGGGCUAGCCAGCCUGCAUCUUCUCCAAGCUCUUGACUUCAUCGGCAAUACCCACCUCGGACGUAAGUACGGUAUCAAGGGAGCUUCCUUGAAGCUAUUCGUCUCAAAGGAGUUCUGUAGAACAGUUCAAACCUUGAACACUGAUGCUUCUCGUCGCAUCAUACGACCAGUUGAAUGGGUACUCUGGAGACCUGCAAUCGAAACAGGAGUGAUCAUCAUCCCUGAGGAGGCUGAGCUCCUUCUUCCAAGACUCCGUAGGAUACAAAACCCCGUAACGUUUCUUCUGACGUACACAGCCCCACUUACAAGAUCUCUUCUGGAAGUUGGUAGCCUUGCCUACUAUCCUGUUCCAACUCCGAAGAAAGGACUCACGAUCCCUUCUUGGCUGGAAAUCGAGAUUGGUAUUCUGGCCGGUCGAUUGUACCUUCCUUACGAUCAAUACACGCAGCUACGGAGCUGUCUUGAAGUUGACGAAGAAGGAGAGCCUUCGGUGACAACCGAUGAUGUUCCCCGCAGCAGGACACACAUUCUUCCUCAUUUUGGAAAUUUAAACGCUAAAUCGCUUGCAAAGUUCCUGACUGAAUGGCUUCCACAUCGAUCUCGGUCAUCUGAUAUCAUGCAUACCCCUAUUGGGUACCUGAUUCAAAACCGCGAUCUUCCCGAGAAUCACCCCUUCUUCGUUUCAAAACACAAAUCGAGGGCUGUUGAAACCGGAUCAUUGACUGCUCACGAAGAUUCGAUUGGGAACGCAAGGCUUUUAGAAGCCAACGACAGCAAUAAUGAUAGCGACGAUGGCGAUGAUGAUGGCGAAUGGGGUGUUAGCGGAUAUGAAGUUAACAAAUUAAUCCCGGACAAGGAUAAUCGGUCAGAAGGAUAA